UUUUUCCAAGAGCCACGUACUUUCCAGAACAGUCGCUCACUAACUGUUCCUCUUCCCCUGCUCAAUCUGCUCUCUCUUUCAUCGAGCCUCUCCUGGUAGAGCUAUAGGCUUCAAAACUCCAUUAGCAAUCACCAGUUCUGAAACUGAAAGCAAAAACUCUACCGCGAAGAACAGAGGACUGGUUCACUGAGAAAAAUUAUCAAGAUCUGUGAGUUAUAUUAAUUUGUUCUAUUAAGCCCCCAUGGCAUGCUUAUCGUACCAGACGUGUGCGUUGAUGUCAUCGUCGUCAUCAUCAACACCAAAGACACAGUCUCGCACGUGCCAUCUUCGUGUUCGUGCGAAUACAGUAGUAGCUGGAGCGAGCUCCAAGAAGACGAGUGGGUUGAGGAGAUUGAACGCGGUUGCUGAGACGGCGGCAAUGGAGGUCGCGGAGCUGAAGAAGGGGAUAGCUGAGCUUUACGACGAGUCGUCUGGCUUAUGGGAGGACAUCUGGGGCGACCACAUGCAUCACGGCUUCUACGACCCAAACGCCGACGUUUCGGUCUCCGCUCCAGAUCACCGCGCUGCCCAGAUUCGCAUGAUCGACGAAGUCCUCCGAUUCGCCGGCAUUUCUGAGGAAGCCCCAAUCAGAGGGCCUAAGAAUGUGGUUGAUGUUGGGUGUGGGAUCGGGGGCAGCUCCAGAUACCUGGCAGGUAGAUAUGGGGUCAAUUGCAAAGGCAUCACCCUCAGCCCUGUUCAAGCUGAGAGGGCCAAUGCUCUUGCUGAUGCUCAAGGGUUGGCCAACAAGGCUUCCUUUCAAGUUGCAGAUGCUCUGGAUCAACCAUUUCCUGAUGGGCAAUUUGAUCUGGUCUGGUCCAUGGAGAGUGGGGAACACAUGCCUGACAAAGCCAAGUUUGUGAAUGAGUUGGUUCGAGUUGCUGCCCCAGGAGCAACAAUAAUAUUAGUGACAUGGUGCCAUAGGGAUCUUGGUGCUUCUGAAAAAGCCUUGAAGCCAGAGGAGAAAAGGCUCCUGGACAAGAUAUGCAAUGCUUUCUAUCUUCCUGCCUGGUGUUCUACUGCUGAUUAUGUCCAAUUACUUCAGUCUCUAUCCCUCCAGGACAUCAAGGCAGAAGAUUGGUCUCCGUAUGUUGCCCCAUUUUGGCCAGCUGUUAUACGCUCGGCAUUGACAUGGAAGGGUUUCACAUCGCUCUUGCGCUCCGGAACAAAAACAAUAAAGGGUGCAUUGGCAAUGCCAUUGAUGAUCCAAGGUUUCAAGAAGGAUCUUAUCAAGUAUUCCGUGAUUACAUGUCGAAAGCCUGAAUAAACACUGCAGUAUGAGGAUGGCAAGAAACAGAAUCUUUGGCUGCAUCUAUCUUUUCCCAAUAGUAUGUGCCUGUGAGAGCCAUCUUUUCUGAUUAUGGGACGAUUUCUUAUGGUCAUCAUGUACUUUACUUAUGGUUCUUCUGGAUAGGAAAAUGAACGAUUUGCAAACCACAGUAACAGUAUUAAAACUAUUGGGUAUGCUUAUUAACGAGAUCAUGUACAUUUCAGUGAAAUCACAGAUUCACAGCUA